AUGUCAAUAACCGAAUUUGAAGUAAUGGAAGAAUUAAAAAUCCUAGAAUAUCCAGUAAAAUCAGUAACCAGACUUACCAACAAAAAUAAAACCCCACUAAUGGCAGUUCAACUGACUAAUCAUCAUAAAUCACAAGAAAUUUUCAAACUCAACAAGCUUCUAAAUUGCAUAGUCAAAACCGAACCACGUCGGAAAUCGAAAGAUCCUCCCCAAUGUACAAAUUGCCAAAGAUUCGGACACUUACACAUGUCCUGUAAACUCCAACCAUGA